GGGGGGGGCGGGUCCUUUCAGGAGGAAGAAUCCCGAGCUGCUGUGCGGCGGCGAGGAGACUUUGUGGAUCGUUCUGUUACACUCCUGCGUGUGAUGGCAGCAACAGCAGCAAAAUGUUCUUCCAGAGCUGCUCAAUGCCAGUGUGGAGGUCUGCUAGCCACUGAGAUUGGGCUUCAGAAGACAGUUGUCGUUUUGCUAUUCCUCUGUUGAAAGAGCGUAGAAAACAGUGGUUUCACUACAGUCUAUAGCUCUACGAGUCUUGAGUCUCUGGGUUUACUAUAGUUUGGCUUGCAUGGCGACAAUCUCACUGUGAAUGAGAUGUUGCGCAUCCGCUUCUCGGUGUUCUGAUUUGCGUUGAUGGUUGCGCCAGUGUAGGAGUAGUCAAAGUCAGGAGGUGCGAUGUUUGGGACUCACCAUUGAGGUGCUUAUUUUGGAUGUUACAGAUAGGGAUGAGAUUGGGACUUGGUUGUGCGCAAAUGGUGUCAUUGUCGAGGUAUUAUUUGACCAGUGGGUGUAAACUCGUGUAAACUGCGUUGCAGUUUGCAUGUCUGCGGUCUCAAGUGUUCCGCCUACAAUGCGCGUUGUGUUAUUUAAUAUUCAGAUUCUUUGAGUCUUUCGGUAAAGUCCCGUAGAUGGUUCAAAGUUUGCAUCUGUCAGUUUAAUGUACGAGCAGCCUGCGGACCAGGCUGGAGCAUAGCGACUGCCACUGAGCAGUAGAUCACAGCACAUCGACAACGAGUGGAGCGCCGGAAGGCGAAAGCACAGCAAGUUGGUGCAUCUGCCGUUCAUCUCACUCGACCCAUGGCACUUGGGUCUAUCCCGUAACCUCCUGUGGCCUUAACGCGCACUUAGCCUGGCACAAGCGCCGUGGUGACGUCACCGCAGCACAUCACCGAAGGCGCCCCAGGUGGUUGAUUACCGCACGUUUCUGUAGCAGAGGCAAGCUAAUGAAGCAGCAGGAGGGGUUACCUUCAAAACAAUAACCUUGAACUUUGAGAGGCACCCCGUACUGGCCUCCUGCCAGGACCAGAAUCAGAGACGAGCACCUCCAUGUGAUGAUGGAACAUCUGCAUUCGAGGGCAGCACUGAGCCACCCAGAGAUCGCUGAGCCAUGAAUCCUGCAGAGCCUGGCUCGGAGACUGACAAGUGGAUGCAGCAAGCGUUUAACAUGGCACAAACGGCCCUGGCGCGGGGGGAGGUGCCAGUCGGCUGCCUCGUGGUGUACGCGGGACGUGUCAUAGGGCGCGGGCGCAACCAAGUCAACGAAACAAAAAACGCGACGCGUCACGCCGAGCUGGUGGCACUGGACGAGGCGCUGGAGUGGUGCCGUGCCCAGGGCCUCGCCCCGGCUGGCGUGCUGCAGGCCUGCAGCCUCUACGUGACCGUGGAGCCUUGCGUGAUGUGCGCCGCCUCCCUGCGGCUCCUGCGAUUGCCCCGCGUGGUCUGCGGCUGCCGGAACGAGCGCUUUGGGGGCUGCGGCUCCGUCAUGAGCGUUCACUCAGCAGAGCUGCCCCACACAGGCUCAACGUUCCAGUGUGUGUCAGGGGUGCGUUCCCAGGAGGCAGUGGACAUGCUGAAAACCUUCUACAAAGGACAAAACCCCAAUGCUCCAAAUCCAAAGAUCAAGAAGGGCAACCAGCAUCCCAGUGACAUCGCCUCCUCUCCUUCGCUCUCGGCACUGUGAUGGUUCUACAGAUGGUGGUCAUUUCAUGUUCAUGGCUCAUUCGGCUAAAGACCAAAGGGUUUACAACAAUCUAUGGUAUGGCCAUCAUUUAACGAGUGGUGGUGGCAACAGCAUAUGCCUGUAGUCCAGCACUGUGGAGGCUAGGGUUGGUAGAUCACACAAAUAUUGCGAAAUUCCCUUCCCGUGGGUGUCAAACUGCAAUAUUCUGAGUUUAGGGUGCCAAGCUGAGGAUAUAGUAACUACUUCGCCUGGUAUAAAGGAGGUUGUGGGUUCGAUCCCACCUGUUUUAUAUUUAGAUUUUGCUCAUUCUCCCUGUGGUCAUGUGGAUUUUUCUCCAGGUCCUCCUGUUUUUCUCUCCACGUUUGGAAACAUAUGGCUGCUAUACAUUUCCACAUGAUAAGCCACUUCAUUGAGCUAUCACCUGUGACCAGGUCACUUCUGAAAAAGAUCUCUGCCUUCGAGAGUGAGUGAAUACUGUGCGGCAUAUUAUACGUUGAAAUUAUUAUCUGAGCUGUGAUGCUCAACCACAAGUAUCCCACUGCAGUAAUUCACAAUUAUGUGACCGUUUGUGAAAUUGAUACUCUUCCAUCUACUUUUGUGCAGAAAAAAAUCCUAAUUUAUCAUAUGUAAAUUUAACACUUCGGGUUCCGUGACUAAUAUCCAUAAUAAAGGUUUUUUGGGUUAAAUCGCUUUCAUAUAAAUGUGUCGUUAAACCACCACCACCUGACAGCCAACUAGUAAGGUUUAGUAAGGUUUAGUAAGGUUUGUCCCGUAGACAAAACAUGCCAGUUUUUUUCUUGUUGUGGUUGUCCCACCUGAUGACGAUUGCUUGUGUUGCGAUCGAAACUUCGUGAUCUGUUAUUUUUCUACCUACGUGACUUUACCAAAAUAACCAAAGAGUAUGGAUUCCUGCAGUUACGAAAGCUUCAAAUCAAGCUUAAAACAUGCCAAUUAGUUACUUCAGCACCGAAGUUAUAUGACUACAUUAACCCCCCUCUCGUUUUCGCGCCUCAUCGGCUCACAAUGAUGACACCACCUUUAUUUAAGACCGAAACAGGAAGACUUCACAAUUCUGGUAAAUCGCCUGAUGAGGCUGGUUAUAAUCACCAGCGAAACGUCGUACUCAAAUUGUAAGUGGUUGUGGGUUUACUCUUAAACACACCGGUGUCUUGAAGAAGUAACUAAUUAGCACGUUUUGUUGUCAUGACAAACUUUACGAGUUGGCUGUGUCGCGUAGUGGUGGUUUAACACAUUUACACGAUCUAAACCAAAAAACCUUUAUGUCUCUGCCAAUUUGGUAAACUUGUAUAACAUUUGUAGAAGUUAAAAUUGUUAAGUUGUACAUACAACCCUUUUACAAUAAACUCUCAGAAACGCAGAUAAGGGGUAUACUCAUUGUGGUUUAUUUUCUGAUGAAAGCCCACGUGACAAGCCACAGCACGGGUUCGAGAGUCGCUUGGCUGGCGCAUGGCAAAGCCGUGUUUGGGCAUCUCCUGUGACGCGCGCUAUCUGCCAGUAGGUGUGGCAAUGGUACACGGCACAACUAACUGGUGGUUAUUGUACAGUCUCUUGACGUUUAACAUGAAUUUUUAAAUUCAGCUUUGAAGUGAAUUGCCUCCUUAAAAUCACACGUUUUUGGUUAGUUUUAGACCCUACGCUAAGCUUGAAAACAACGUUGCCCAUUUGUGUUCAUUGCUUUUAAUAAUGAUGCUUGCUCUUAACUUCACACAAACUAUGAGAGACUAUGUAUGUUGAACUUCUUUCGCAUCGAACGUAGCUAACUGCUAAUUGGAGAUGCGAGAGUAAAAUACCUUUCGAUUUAAAGCUUUCUUGGUUUUUUCGGUAAAGUCACGUAGAAGGGAAAUAAUAAAAUAAUAAAAAUAUAACAAAAUUUAAUUUUCACGACGUUUUGGCCACAAUGCAAGCAGCCGUCCUCAGGUGAAGAAAUAGAGCUGUCGGAAAGACAGCGUCUUAAUGAACACUGCUAAGCUCGGCAUAUAAUCCCUAUACACACGUGGCAGAUUGUCAUCUUCCAAUUCGAUCUGGUCACUUAGCAUGGGAUAUUUAUAAUUAUUUUGUAUUAUGUGAUACGUGUUAUCACAGCCUUUAUUCGUAAUGGCACAUCCCUCUUGCUUUUCCAGAUCCAGUGGUAGAAGUUCCACGUUUCUGUGGCCAGGUAUUAGAAGUGAUCUCAGAACGCGGUUCUCGCCAUUGCAUCCCACCCAUGGUACAAUACCCUAAGAUGUCCUGGUUUUAAAAUGUUUGAUACGUGAACGGAGGGUAAGGGUCAGGAGGACCCCAUAUAUGCUCUGCGUUCUCACACCCGAAACUCCCGCGAAGAGGGUAACAGACUGACUUUAACUGUUACCCACACAUCUGUGGAUGGAAAAGGCCAUUUGAGAUAUAUAGGCGAAAUGCAUGUCGGAAUUCCAUAACUUUGUCUGACCCAAAAAGUAUUUUACAAAACACGCAGGUUACUGAAGAGUGGGUGUUGUCCACUUAAUCGCAGCCAAAGUGAGAGAUUAAUACAGUGAUAAGAUCUUUAUAAAGCUGUAGGCAGGCAGGCAUGUUGGCUCACACCUGUAGGCCAACAUUUUGGAGGCGCAAGAGUUGGAUGAUCUCAGAUUUUGUGAAAUUACAAAAUUCACAUGGCCAUAAGGUGGCAACAGAUGGCAGUAGAGUAAAUGGUUUUGAGACUUAGUGAGGCUUUCCUGCACAAAUGGCAUUCAGGUGGCUGCUUUGUUGGUGCUGCUUUGCAGAAGCAUUAAUGCAGCCAACCGCAGAUGUGGGUGGAGCCCCCCACCCACAUCUGCCCCGAAAAUGGCCAUUCUCUUAAACUGGUGUCUUAUGCAUUUUUCAGCUUGAAUGCAUUGUUGCUGACAAUGGCGUUGGCGUGUUUACAGCCCUGUUUUUGUGUCGUACUUGUUGACAGCGUCAAUUACGGAGGUAUGUUUCCGCACUUGUCCACGAGAGGAUGCACACCACUCAUUGUUGUAAGGGCUGGGGAUUUUUUUAUUCUUUCCAUCCUGUAUUGUACGCCUCUUCAUCAAUGGCACGGAAACUCGGACGGAGGGUUGGUUUGGGCAUCGGCAACAAUCGCCCCACCGAGCGCGGCCUGCGCCGUGGACGGGUCACCGCACCCUGGAGGGACGUGCCGUCCACGGGGUGCCUGGCGCAUACGCUAGGGACACAGGGGGUGGGUGUGGUGACAUUCGUGUUAAUGUCAGGCAGUGAACCGAACUCCAGCCAUCUCCGCUCGUAUAUAUGUGUGUAUGAACAUGCGAUAUCAUUGCAUAGCGAGGUUUUCAUACCAGGUUGGAGAGGUUGUGGAAGUUUCGUGGCUUUUUGUUAAAAGUCCAAUUUCGAGCAGAGGGCCCCAUUUACAUUACAAGGCUUAAGGUGUAAAGCGUUUAUUCGUCAAUUCCCGCUGUACGUGUAUAAGAUGGGGUCACCAGAACUUGUACAGAUAAUACAAUAUCCAUUUACCACCACCCUUUCUCUUCGCACCUGAUUGACUUACAAGUGACCACAUCACAUGUAUCCCUCUAUUUAAGACAGAAACAGGAGGAUUUCUCCACAACUCUGGCUGCCGCCUGAUGAGGCUGGAUGUAAUUACCGGUGAAACGUCAUAUCAGAAUGGUAAAUGUAGUGGGUUUACUCUCCACACUGGUGUGCUGAACUAGUAAUGAAUUGGCAUGUUUUGUUAACAUGACAAACCUUACUAAUUGGUGGUGGGGGUUUAAUGACACAUUUACGCGAUAUAACUUUUAUACUAUGCACAAUAUGCAAUACAUUUUACCGUAUAAUUUUGUUACGAUUCGGGACUUGAAAAAAAACUUUACAUGUUUUUCAAUCACAGUGCGGCCUUAAAAAGAAAGUGAUAUAAUAGGCAACGUUUCGGGCCAAUGACCCUUUUUCACAGCACACAGGGAGGCCAGCGAGGCAGUCUAUAAAGGUGGCCAAGACUAAUCAAAGGGUUGCCCUAAACGUAAGGUUGGGAAAGGUAUUGGAGGUAGCGUCGUCACUGCUCAUUGAAUACCUCCUGAGGACAAUUCGCGUUGGAAAGCACGACAGGGAAUGUUACAGUAUCCGUGCAUAUGCGUGGACUUUCUUCGUUGUGUAAUAAGACUCUUUGAGACGACUUCUGGAUACGUCUUUUAUUCACUUUGGGUUACAUCUACUUCACGCUGCUGGUAGACAACGUGAAGGGACAGAUAGACCGAGAGAGACGCACUGCCACGUGGCAACUCGGAGCCCCGCUCUCGCGUGGCUCCUUCCUCCGUUGGUUUCCGUUCUGACCACGUGUCAUUCCUCUCUACCCCUAUUUAAUCCCCGGGUCACGUGGUACGCUUCAGCCAAUCCUCGUUAGCCUGCGUCGAAUCUUCCAGGCUCCCUCGUCAGCUCCCGGGACCACACCCCUGACUCAUCUCCCCAUUGGCUGAGGCCAAAGCCAGCAGAACCAAUCUCCAUAGCUGUCACCCUUCCAUCACGUCAGGGCCAUGCCCCCAGGCUUCCCCCCAUUGGCUGUAAACCAGGACCGGCAGAGCCAAUCACCAUGACAAGGUGUGAUACGUCAGUGAGCCGGAUAUUCUCAUAUACAUCACCCCCCCCCCCCCCCCCGGUGUAAAAAGUCAGCCGUCUCGGCUGGGAAAAGGGUGACAAGCCGAAUCCAAUUUAAAUAAUUAUUAGGGCGUCUGAGACACAUUAACAAGGUAAAGGGGAGGAGUAGGCGUCUACGCGCCGAGGAAUUCAACCUUAUUAACAACAAACAUACAUUAGGGCACCCCUGUAGCGCAGUAACAACAGGGUAACAGACCGCAAAGCAAUCAUAACUAACGAAACGGAAGAGAUUUCGACCGCGUACGUGACGCAGGACCCUCUUCGUUUUUCGCGCAUGGUCGCCUCGCCGUCCGAUCUGCAGGAGGUGUUUGCCGUGAAGAAGAAGAAGAAGAAUGUUCGGUUUCGGUUGUAUCCGGGAUAGGUCCCGUUGGACGUCCGGGGUCUCGUCCCUCAAAACCAGUUCAUCUGCGGGGGGUACAACACAGCCCCGCUGGGGAUCAACGGGCGAGGCAAGUGGCACAUUCGGCACGCCAGACCCCGGCAGGUCAACAAGUGGAGAUGAGGGGCCAGCGCGCGGGUCAACGUAGGGUUUGAGUCGCGACGAAUGGACAUACCAACGGCGUUUUCUGUACUGGACGCGAACACUCUGGGGGUUACGAAUGUCCACCAGCCUCACAGGCCCCCGCCAAACCCUGUGCAGUUUAGGGGACGUGCCUAUUGGCACCUGAGGGCAAUGGAGCCAUGCCAGAUCGCCCACCGACUAGGGCAUGUCAGUUCGCGAUCGACGCGCAUACCUCUUGUUCCUUGCCUGCGUACGGGCCGUCGCACAUCUGGCGGCCUCUCGCGCCUCUGUAACCCAUUUAAGUGAGUCCCGUACGUGAUCAGGUAAGGAAGGGGACGGUUUUUUACCCGCCGUACCCAGUUGCACAUCAAUCGGGGGUACAUUCUCAUGGCCAUACAUCAGGAAAAAUGGUGAAUAUCCUGUGGAUGCAUGCGAAACCAUGCGGUAUGCCGCCAGGACGCCCGGUAUGCGCAAGUCCCAAUCGGUUUGUUUUUCACUUUCCGUGUGACAAAGCAUGGCCGAAAGGGUGAGGUUAAACCGUUCCACCAUGUCAUCCGUUUGCGGAUGGUAAGGGGAAGUGCGGAUUUUCUUUGUGCCCAACGCAGUGAAAACAUCCUUGAGCAAUUUUGAGGAGAAGUUACGUCCCUGAUCUGUGAGCAGCCCUUCGGGUGCUCCUUUAUCCAUGACAUAACCAUUAAAGAAUGCCUCGGUGAUGGACGUGGCCGUUUGGUCAGGCAGAGGCCAGGCCAUAGGCCAUCGAGAAAAAUAUUCGACGUCGACCAAAAGGUAUUUGUUGCCCCUAGCCGAUGGAGGGAACGGGCCCAGGAUGUCCAGAGCAACUAGUUCAUUGAUACGGGACACCUCAAUCAAACGCAAUGGUGGAACAUAAUGUUGCCGAGGCGGUUUCCUCUUCGCACAAUCAUGGCAUGACCGGACAAAGUGACAUCUGCCGUCAUGCCGGGCCAAAAUAAAUCCUGCUGCAUCACGGCCAACAUUUUCUGCACGCCGAGGUGCAUCAAUUUGUCAGCGUACAGAGCGCGGAGCAGGUCGUGGCGAAGGGAUUUCGGCACGACCAGGCGUGAACGGUCAUACAAUCCAUCAGUACACAUCAAUAGUCCCGCCUGGCCCCGGAACAUCUGCCAUUUCCAUUCUGCAAAAUGAGAUCUCGGUUUCCCGAUCAGUUUCCGCAGCGGAGCCAGAGAGGCAUCGGCCUCCUGCUCGCGUAGCCACACCGAGUGCGGCAAAUGCAGCGUAUUGUCGGCGUCAACGGGUACACCCUGGCCUUCAUCGUUCGACAUCGCCCCCAUAACCGGACAGGGCGAGGUAGGUAGCGCUGCACAGCGGUGCGUACCCGUCAGACAGGCGCAGGGAGGAGUUGAGGGCAACCUGGAGAGAGCGUCCACGUUGCCAUGGCGAGUACCCUUGCGGUACGUGAUCUCGAAGGAAAAUUCCUGUAAUGAUUCCAACCACCGAGCCAAUUGACCCGAUGGUUGUUCCAAUUUCAACGAAUAUUGCAAGGCCGCGUGGUCAGUGCGCACGAGGAAUUUCCUUCCAUACAGGUACGGCUGGUACUGGCGAACAAAAUGUACUAUUGCUAACAGUUCCCGUCGCGUCACGCAUUAUCGCGUUUCGGCAGGGGACAGAACCCUGCUGCCGUAUGCCACCACUCGCUCGACCCCGUCUUUCCAUUGCGACAAAACGGCUCCUAUGCCGAUAUCGCUAGCAUCUGUGUCAAGGAUGAAUGGCUGAGAAAAGUCCCGGUAGUCGAGCGUUGGCGCGGUGGCGAGGUGAUCCCGAAGAGAUUGAAAAGAGCGCUCCUCUUCCGGGCCCCAUUUAAAUCUCUGAUUUUUCCCCGUCAGAACAUGCAGUGGCUUAGCCAGUGUCGCGAAGUUCUUAACAAAACGGCGAUAGUAGGAUGCGAACCCAAUAAACCGCCGUACGUCACCCACCGAAGUGGACGUGGGCCACUCUCGGACACACGCCGUUUUCUGUGGGUCCGUGGACACACCGUCCGAGCUGAUGAUGUGACCCAAGUAUCGGACAGACCGUUGCAAAAGGUGGCACUUUUUCGGUUUAAAUUUUAGGUCAGCCGAGCGCAUCCUCUGAAAGACAGUCUCGCGUUGGAGGUGUUCCUCGAACGUGUGGCUAAAUACGAUGAUAUCGUCCAAAUAUAUUAUGCAUGUUUCCCACUGCAGCCCCUCUAGCACCAGUUCCAUCAACCGUUGGAACGUCGCCGGUGCCGCAUUCAAGCCCAUAGGUAAGCGGUUAAAUUCAAAGAGGCCUUGUGGCGUGCGGAACGCCGUUUUAGGUUUGGACGCGUCAUCGAGGGGAAGCUGCCAAAACCUCGACGACAGGUCGAGGGUGGAGAAAAAAUUUGCCCCUGACAAAGCGUCCAACGAGUCGUCCAUCCGUGGCAAGGGGUAUGCGUCUGCCAUGGAUAUCUUAUUCAAUCUGCGGAAAUCUACACAAAACCUCGUUCCACCAUCCUUUUUCUUAACCAGCACCACCGGCGCGCCCCAAGGACUGUUGGACGGCGAAAUUAUUUUGGCCGCCAACAUGUCGUCCACCGCGCCGUGCACGUGUUCCCUUUCAGCAGGGCUCAUGCGAUGCGGGUGCAUACAAAUCGGUCCCACCGCACCGGUGUCAAUAUGGUGCGACAAGAGUGAGGUAUGGCCGAGAUCCAAAUCGUUUUUACUGAAAACGUCAGCAUACUGUAACAACAAUGAAUGCAAAGCGUUCCUUUGCGUGGUCAACAAAGAUGUAUUUUCCCCGCACAAAUCCGCGAUCCAUCGAUCCUGUGAACGACCAUAACGAGGAUCAUCAGCGGCUAUUUUAGUGGUUGGUUUACCCUCAAAGCUGGUGAAAUCGGUAGUGGCGUGAGCCAAUACCGAUCCAGCCGGAACGACCCGGUUCGGGCCCCCAUUCAACACUUGUAUGAACGGGGCCUGACCCGGCCGAACGAUAGUUUGAGCCGCUACCAGGGAAAAAGAUUUAGCCACCGAAUUCGACGGGGAUAACAGCACACCCGUCGCACCAUCCGCAGCAUCCAAAGGUUUCCGGUAACGCUGCGGAAUAAGCAUCUGCGAGCCCGACAGCACCUCUACCGUGGCAGCAACAAUGGCGUUAACUGCGUUACCCGGGGGCAAACGGCCCAGCAGGGAAGGCAGGAACGACAUCCUAUGGCCCCCUGGCAUUUCUAAGCAACCUUGAUCGACAAGUAUCUUAACUGGCAUGCGGCGCAAGAAAUCAGUGCCUAAUAGGCAUGGGACGGCCAAUGAGCGAGAAAUCAACACUGGUCCCUCCGCGGUAAUAUUACCGAUAGCAAUGCGCACAUCAACUUGCCCGAAAAUACCCAUGCUACCCCCAUUAGCAGCAACACACGCGUCAUUAACCGGUCGGAUCCAUGACGUGGGAAUAGACAGGAGAUGAAAAAUGACAUCGGAAAUGAUGGUGGCAGACGCGCUCGUGUCCACCAAAAUACGGACAUCGAUCUCAUCGAUGGUACCUCGUACCGUCGAUGAGCCUGACGCGGCAGCUACCACUCUACGGGCCAAUUUUUUCCAUUGCGUAUUAGAGUGUGGCAUCGACACAGGUGUACAACAAUUUCCGUCCGGAGCGCAAAUAUGCGUGCGAGUGGAUGGGUGAUGUGACAAGGCCUGCCGGGUGUCCGAUUUGUGCCGACUCGCCCGAGGGUGUCGUGGAUCCGCGCCCGGUGGAGGAGAUGGAAGGUGACUCGACGGAAGCGGAGAAGGCAGAGGUCGGCAGCGGCAAUCCCGAGCGAAAUGGCCCCGUCGGCCACACUUGAAGCACGUGGCCGUCGUCCGGCGGUCGCUCGUCCCGGCCCCUGCACGUGGUUGACCCGUAUCAUCACGCUGGUCGCGCAGCCGGCGUCUCGGGACCCAGCGCGGAACAGCAGCCAUCACCUCGUCGUCGCCGGAGUCAUCAGAGCAGUGGACGACCCGCCGUGGAGACCAUCCCAACGGUGGACCGUCUAUUUUGGGGUUCCCUGUCCAUGCCGCCAUCUGAUCCCAGCGCUUCAGAUUGAACUUAGCGUCCAAGCAGCGCGCCACCCAUCGCGACGUGAGCGGUUCGUGGCCGCAUACCGGCAGCGAGAUGUUCAGUUCCUGGGAUAGCUCAAGCAUUCGGGAAAGGAUGAGAGGAUUCAGGAGAUCAGCCGUCGAGUCGGGGUAGGCGGCCAUGGCCAACGCUAACAGCGCCCCCCGGUAGGCCAAGGGCGAUUCCUCUGGUCCUCGACGACGUGACAUAAAUUUUCUGGUAGCCGCCGUCGGCGGGUCGUAAAACUCCGCCAUCUCUGUGAAAGCAUCACGUAGCGUAUUCUUCUUGGUCGCCGGGAUGGAUCGGAAGACCGCCAGGGAGACAUCAUCCAGCAGCAUGGGCAGCGCCUCCAGUGCCUCUGCCUCCGUCCAUCGAACGGAUCUAAAGGCCGACUCGAAGCGCCACGUGAAGGCACUCCAAUCGCCCCCGGCGAUAAAUUCCUUAAUUUGAGGAAGAUGAUGUCCGCGGUGAAUGGUCGACGCCUCGAGCGUCUCUAUUCCCGUUUCCCGCGUUCCUCGCGUCUCCGUCAAAAUGGCGUCCGGUGACCGCAUGGCGACAGCCCCGCCCAAGAUGGCGUCCGGCAGCUCCAUCACGGCCGCCCCGUCCAAGAUGGAGGCCUCUCCCCGCGCGGCAGGAGCAAUGGCGGACGUCGAUACCCGCUGCAAAUCUUGGUCCUCGGCAGUCGGCUGAAACCCCGGCGGCCGACCCAGGGCCGUUGAGGAUGCGACCGCCGUCACCAGACUCAGCAAAAUCGUGCGGAGUGACUCGAUCUGCUCUGCCAUUAGCCGCCAUCCUUUGUCCGCAUUUGAGGCCGUCGCUUCUGCAGCCUGUCGGCGAUGAGCGGCGCCGAGGAGAGCAGCAGCCGGAGGCAGAGGAUCCGUAGCUCCCAGCAGUUCGUCCUCGUCCAUCUCAGCUUCUUCCUCCGAUGGAGGGUCCGGUGGGUUCUUCUUUCUGAGGUGCUUGGACAUCUUGAAGAUCGUCCAAACGGUCCCAGAAGAAACUUCUGACACCAAUGUAAUAAGAAUCUUUGAGACGACUUCUGGAAUCCGUCUUUUAUUCACUUUGGGUUACAUCUACUUCAUGCUGCUGGUAGACAAUGUGAAGGGACAGAUAGACCGAGAGAGACGCACUGCCACGUGGCAACUCGGAGCCCCGCCCUCGCGUGGCUCCUUCCUCCGUUGGUUCCCGUUCUGACCACGUGUCAUUCCUCUCUACCCCUAUUUAAUCCCCGGGUCACGUGGUAUGCUUCAGCCAAUCCUCGUUAGCCUGCGUCGAAUCUUCCAAGCUCCCUCAUCAGCUCCCGGGACCACGCCCCUGACUCAUCUCCCCAUUGGCUGAGGUCAAAGCCAGCAGAACCAAUCUCCAUAGCUGUCACCCUUCCAUCACGUCAGGGCCAUGCCCCCAGGCUUCCCCCAAUUGGCUGUAACCCAGGACCGGCAGAGCCAAUCACCAUGACAAGGUGUGAUACGUCAGUGAGCUGGAUAUUCUCAUAUUAUAGUUGUUUGAGGUGAUGCUUGGUAUUGGAUAGCGUUGUUGUGGAUUGUGGAAUGUUCUCCUGGUACCCCAUGUCUUCCUGUCUGCGUGCGUCUUUGUGUCAGAGUUGCAUUACCGUAUGGCCCACGCAUCUGUGCCUCCCUAUAUCUGUCAGUGUAUGUAAGAGAUGUGCCAGAGAUGGAUUCACGAUGUGGCUGUAUAAACGUCCUAGAAUUGACGAUGAUAUUAUACUCAGUAUUGGUGAUGAUGAUGCUGCUCAUGUUUUUCAUGACAGUGAUGCUUGUAGGAGUGAUACUCAGGAUAUGGAUAGUGAUGGUGAGAAUGAGGAUGAUGGUCUAUCACGACAGAAGUCAGGGCCUCUCCAUCUCAGGCAACCUCAUUAGUGACAGUGUUGACGGUGGUGGUGGUGGUAUUGAAAUUGUACCUCUGACAAUGAAUCGUUGAGCAGAGACCGUAUAUCGAACUUCUUUCGCACCGUCCAUAGCAAACCGUGCUAAUCGCUGGAUAACUGCAGCACACACCUCUCAUUCAUGUUUAAAAGGAGCACAUGCAAAUUUUCAUCAAUAUUAAUCACUCAAUAUAGUCUGCUGUUGCUGAUUAAGUUUCCAAAUUGUUUGGCUUUGUUAUGUUUGUAGUUCAUAACCGUUUCUCCAGUGAUGCGACUCCCCCUUUGUAAUUCGUGCUAACGCGCUCAUGAUGUAAUAAUGACAUGACGGAAGAAACCGCACAUACUCUGACAUAUCACGGCGUUCAGAGAGGGAGUUGUGUUCGCGCGCUGUUGGAGGAAUUUAAACGCGUUUCCGACUUCAUUUUCGGCGGCGCAACUGGCCGCUCGCAUCUUUUUGCACUUUUCAUCAUCCCAUUGCUAUUUUUAGGUUCCAUUUCGCAAACGUCAAAAUACAAUGGCCUUACGUGCGAACACGCCACGUAAGAAUGGAGUUGUGAAAAUGGGAUUUAGGAGCGGGUGGUGUGGUGAGCUUUAUUGCUGUCAUGUAUAAUUCAAACGUACACGCAGGACCGCAUGACCCCCCCCCCCUCCUGUCAGCCUUCCCCCCCAUCAUAGCACACGGGCGCAUACUGCCCCCAUCCCUGCUCUCGCGGCGAAAAUAAGCUGUAACCACGGUCAGGUUCGUGCUCAUUUCCAAGUCUAACUUUAAUCCUGCCGUGUGUUGAGGUUAUGAAGGUGGUGUAGGAGCAGCGGCCAGCCACCUAUAAACAAAUAUGAAUGCGUCCACGAACAAGGUUAGAUAACAGUAAUAAUAAUUUGCUUACUUAUCCAGGAAAGCUACGAUGAGUAGUAGGACUUAUUUACAGGAUGGUCCUGCGUUGGGUUUUUUAUUUUAUGAUGUUUUCAGCCAAUUUUGUGACGAGGUGUUUUUAUGUUCGUUUACAGCAUGUAUGUAUAUUGAACUUCUUUCGCACCAUACGUAGCCAAUUGUGCUAAUCUGCGGUGCGGACGGAGCAUAUGUGUAGUGACAGAAUCGGUCACUUGGCAGCAUAGCGCUUGUUGCUGGCAGGGAAGGGGAUCUGCAGUUACAGCAACCCUGAUUGACAGCCGGUCGCAUGAUAGACCAGAGAGAGCGAUGUCGGAGAAAGGGUACGGAAGGGGCAGAUCAAGAACCUGCUAGUGGGUUUCAAAAGGGGGGCGUGGCCAGGGCGGAGCCAGGCCACGCUGACAGUACAGUAUAAGAGGGGCCCCGGGAGGUGACCUUGGGGCUGUCAUUUGGAGUGGGAUCCCGUCGUGCUGCUGGAGUUUUCAUCGCCAUCACCGUCUUCACCAUCUCGACGUUG